UGGAUUUACUCCGCCCCCUUGGGACACCCGAUCACCGAAAACCAACAAACCUUUUCUUCAGCUCGCCAUUUUCCGUCGUCGAUCCGAAAGGAGCCAGCGAGCCGGAGAAUCGCCUUUAUACCCGUGAAGCAGACCAAACCAGAUCCAGUCAUGCAUCGUGACUGUCCCCUUGACUGCAAAGUCUAUGUGGGGAAUUUGGGUAACAAUGGGAACAAAACGGAGCUCGAAAGGGCCUUCGGGUACUAUGGCCCUCUUCGCAGUGUUUGGGUCGCCAGGAACCCCCCAGGUUUUGCUUUUGUGGAAUUUGAAGAUCCAAGAGAUGCAACUGAUGCUGUGCGUGAGCUUGAUGGAAGGACAAUGUGUGGUUGCCGGGUGCGAGUGGAGCUGUCCAAUGGUGAAAAGCGCAGCCGCACUCGUGGGGCGCCGCCAUCAUGGAGUAGACGCCCAAGAGAGCGGGAUGAUUACAGGCGUCGUAGUCCCCCAGCCAGGCGAAGAUCACCACGCAGGAGGAGCUUCAGCCGCAGUCGGAGCAGGUCCUUUUCAAGGGACAGGAGGAGGGAGAGGUCCCUUUCCAGGGACAGGAACCACAAACCUUCAAGAUCCUUCUCACGUUCGAGGAGUGCCUCCAGGUCACCUGAUCGAAAGUGAGAUGUGUAUGAAGUUGAGGAAGCGGUCUGAAAAGGUUUCGCCGUUUCAUCUGAUGGACAUGAUCUGGACUGUCUGGCGGUUUUUCUGUGUGUUGGAUUUUUAAUCACACGUUUUAUUCUGUGUUCUUGUAGCUUGACUUUGCGUACGUUGAGCGGGUGUGUCCGAGAGUGACCUCUGCCUUCUGCAGUCCUCAGUAGUUGUACCACCCAGCAUUCCAUUCUCCGGUGAUCUUUUUCAGCUUUUUUUGUUUCUGAAUGUACAGUGUAGCUUGACAAAUGUUGAUGGAGCCGUUUCACCUUUUUCUAUUGUUGUGUUAGAACUUUUUUAAUUAAAAAAACAAGUCCUUGUUACUUAGUUAAUGCUGAAGUGGUGGUUUCAGAUGUGGCUCAGUCAAAAACGGUGACAACUUGAAAACCAUGCUCAUUUGCAUCUUAUGAUCCAAAUUGUAUUGUCAUUUGUGAAGUUUUUUUUUUAUUAAAAAAGUUAAUUUAC